GUGAUCUAGACACGUGAUGUACAGACUGCCAGGAUAAGCACACGCAUGUAAAUAAGAGUGCAGGAGUACGAUAGAUAACUAGGGUCACUAUUUAAAAGCCCUGCUUUAAGGCGUCGUAAUGUUGGGUUAUGUUGAUUAAAGCACUGCAGACUGGAGCUGGGACAGUCAGGGCACGUGACAUUGUACGUUUCACUUUCAUUUGGUAAACUAACAGCAAUAGCAACAGGUGUCUGUAUACAUGAAAGAUUCAUCCUCAGAAUAAACUACAUCUAUUAUUGAGGUAAGAGAACCGGUGUUUGCAUGUGACGGAGACUGUGGAACUAAUUUUUCGAUGGAAAAAGUGAAUCCUGAAGCAUUUGAAGAUGCAAGGCACACCAUCACAGACGUGUACAAGAAAGCCUUCGCACUCAUCAACAAGGGGUUGUUGGAGGAUGAGAUUGGUUGCAAGGAACAGGCCAUUGAUCUGUACAGGCAGGGGCGGCAGCAAUUGCUGAGGGGGGUCGGCAUCCCUUCCCAAGGGCCAGAAUACACAGGACCUGCCUGGGAGUCCGCAAGAGAGAUGCAGGAAAAGAUGCAGGAGACCCUUAACAAUAUUGAUACCCGGCUUCGAAUCCUGGAGACCGGGGAAGCUGCAGCAGCCGGUGGCACAUCUGAUGGAAUCCCAGGUUCCUGUGCUGCUAACGGCAGCAGCAGCAGCUCUGAGUUUUUGUAUCCAGCCCUACCUUCAAAGGAAAAACCCACAAGACCUGUGCCCCCUAAGGUUCUCUUUCCAGAAGGUGAUCCGCCCGGUGCAGAAGGGAGCAAGGGAGUACCCAGCGAGCUUCCACCAGCCUACUCACCCCAAGCAGCCGAGGGCCAUUACACCUUGUCUUACGGGACAGAAGGUGGGGAGCUGUCUAUGGUGGGGGAUGAUUUUUAUAGCCAGAACAACCGGCCACUGCCCAUGGAGAAUCUUGGGGUGGAUGGUGAGGAGCUGCUGCUGAUCCAUAGGGGGGUGCAGAUCUUCUUUGUGACUUCUGAGGGGCAUGUGACGGCCCCCUCCUACCCCGGGUAUCUCCGCAUCAUCAAGUUCACCAGCACAGACUCUGCUCGAGCAGCCAACCAGCCUCCAGCCUUCCUGCAGGUUUGUGAUUGGCUCUACCCUCUGAUGUCCAGAGACUCCCCGGUCCUGCUGUGUAAUACAGGAGUCUACAUGUUCCCUGAUGUGAUGGCACAGACGCCUGGGUCCUAUGUGGGAGUGGUGCUGUCCUCAGAACUGCCAGACACAGAGAGAGCGCUCUUUCAGGACCUGUUGUCACAAUUGACAGACUUGAGGGUUCAGAUUUCAGAUGGAAGUUUAAAAGGAGUGGUUAAAAAGCCUGCAGAAGCAGCAUCUGACUCAAUUAACCUGAGCCAGAGGAUUCCCAUUGCUGGUCCUGAGGCGGAAACUGAGGAUAGAGAGGCCUUGCCAGAAUGGAGUGAAAAAGUAGCCCAUGGAAUUCUCACUGGUGCUUCGUGGCUCAGUUGGGGUCUGGUUAAAGGUGCAGAGUUCACUGGAAAAGCCAUCCACAAAGGUGCUUCGAAGCUGAGAGAACACAUCAACCCUGAAGACAAACCAACCCAUGUCAGUCCUACCAUGGCCAAGAGCCUUCAUAUAGCAAAGCAAGCAACCGGAGGUGCAGUCAAGGUCAGCCAGUUUCUAGUUGAUGGGGUAUGCUCUGUGGCCAGCUGUGUGGGAAAGGAGCUGGCCCCUCAUGUGAAGAAACACGGCAGCAAACUGAUUCCAGAGUCUAUGAAGAAAGACAAGGACGGGAAGUCGAAUAUGGACGGAGCCAUGGUGGUGGCAGCCAGUAGCAUGCAGGGGUUCGCAACAGUGUGGACAGGCUUGGAGGUGGCAGCAAAGAGCAUAGCUAAAAGUGUAGCAUCAGAGACGGUACAUACUGUGAAACACAAGUAUGGUACUGCUGCUGGCCAAGCUACAGACAACGCAGUCAACUCUGCCGUCAACAUUGGUGUGGCAGCAUUUAACAUUGACAACCUGGGCAUCAAAGCAGUGGUGAAAAAAACAGGAAAGGAAACUGCCAGCGCAAUCCUGGAAGAUUACAAGAUUCAGGAAAAGCAAGAGAAGCAGUUGAAGAAAGAGGAAGAAUAAUGUGUACAUGUUUCUCUUUCCCCAGAGCUUUAAUAUAUCAAAUACAUUUACAAGCUUAAUUUAUAUUGUAUUAAAUGUAAUUUGUGUGAAAACUAGCAGUACAAGAACAUGUUUGAGACAGUAUUAUUUGAUAGAAAUGGAAAAGAAACAAAAACAGUAAUUACUCCUGUUAUUUACGAAAGAUGUGCAAUAACUUCUAUAGAUUAAAACACAGAUUUGGUGUCCUAUUCCAAGAUUAGGCCAUUUACAACAAAGAUGAAACUACCAAAAAAGUAUUAUUUUUUUUUUGACAAUACAGUUUCCCAUCUGACAUUGCAAGUAUAGCAUUAAGAGAUAGCAGCCAGUGACCAUGACCACAAUUUACCAGAAUAAAACUGCCUUUAGUAUUCUGUAGGAAAGAACAGCUUCAGAACAAUUAAGUGUUCCUUUAAAGGGCACAGUACACAAUUAAAAUACAUUGCACAGGACAAUAACCACACGUGUAAUAUUUUGGGACCACUGAUAUAGUAUUUUAUUAUUUGGCAAGGAAAAUGAGACGUUAAUUGUUUAAUUUAUUAAUAAAAUAUUCAUUUACACUGAAGUCAGAACAGUUAUUCCUGUAUUCACUGCUGAUGACUGCAUUCCAAAGGAUUACUGGUUUAAAAGCUCACUGCCACAUUUCACUGCUGCUACUUUCUCCAGUCUUGCCUGAGCCUGCAAAUGAAGCAUAACAAAGUAAAGCAGUUUGUCGUUGCUUUUGCAGCAGACACUAAAUACAAGCAACUCCAAGUUCCCCCCCUACCAACACAUAACCAUACUCUAGUUUUAAUGACAUGUUACUCUCAUUUUACAUUUAAGCUUACUAUAGGCAGUAUACUUUUGGGGUGAUUAGAGAAGACAUUUUGGGAGAAUUUUUCCUUUUAUUCUGAAUAUCCUUUUUGUGAUGCAUUGCCUAAUAAAGCAUUUUACCAAUUGUAAUAAUUAAUAAAGAUGAAUUGGUUUAUUCCUUAA